AAAAGAGGGUUUGUGUUCCGAUUGAAUGGCGAGCGAAGAGGAAAACAGGGAAUUCUACCUGCGUUACUACGUUGGGCACAAGGGGAAGUUCGGGCAUGAGUUCUUAGAGUUCGAGUUUAGACCCGACGAAAAACUCCGUUACGCGAACAACUCCAACUACAAAAAUGACACCAUCAUCCGCAAGGAGGUUUACCUCACCCCCGCCGUUCUCCGCGAGUGCCGCCGUAUCAUUGCCAAGAGCGAGAUUAUGAAGGAAGAUGAUAACAACUGGCCAGAACCUGAUAGAGUGGGGAGGCAAGAGCUGGAGAUUGUAAUGGGGAACACUACAAAAAAAUCAA